GGCAGUCUUAGCUCCCUCUAGAAUUUAACUGUGCUGCUCAUACUUGUCUGAAUGCUUUUGGUUUCCUGGUAAUCCCAGUGGGCUGAAUGUCCAGACCCUGGGUCAUUCAGGGCUGUUGCGGGCCCUCUCACAAGAGGAGACCAACGAAAUGUAUCAGAAGCCCUGCCUGCCCCAGUCUCAAGUCUGGGCUAAGGAACCUCAAUCUUUGCAACUACCGUUUCUCACCCUCGCUCGUCGCAGUGGCCUCCAGACUGUUUCCGCCCCUGCCUCGAGUGCUCCUUUUAAAACGGGAGUCAAACGAUGUGUCUCCUCUUCCCGAUUACCAAGCUUAGCUUUUCCUAACAGUUGGAGUGAAAACCAAACUCCAGGAGAAUGAUAUAAAUCUGACCCACAUUGAGUCAAGGCCUUCACUUUUAAAGAAAGAUGAGUAUGAAUUCUUUACCAACCUGGACAAAGGCAGCAUGCCCGCUCUGGGCAGCAUCAUCAAGAUCUUGAAACACGAGAUCGGUGCCACGGUGCAUGAACUUUCCCGAGACAAGAAGAAAGACACAGUGCCCUGGUUCCCGAGAACCAUCCAGGACCUGGACCAAUUUGCCAACCAGAUCCUCAGCUACGGAGCAGAACUGGAUGCAGACCACCCGGGUUUUAAAGAUCCUGUGUACCGCGCAAGACGGAAGCAAUUUGCUGACAUAGCCUACAACUACCGACAUGGGCAGCCCAUCCCGCGAGUGGAGUACACAGAGGAGGAAAAGAAAACAUGGGGGACGGUGUUCAAGACCCUGAAGACCUUGUACAAAACCCACGCUUGCUACGAGCACAAUCACAUCUUCCCACUGCUGGAGAAGUACUGCGGCUUCCGUGAGGACAACAUUCCCCAGCUGGAAGAGGUUUCCCAGUUCCUGCAGUCUUGCACUGGCUUCCGCCUCCGACCUGUGGCUGGCCUGCUUUCCUCUCGAGAUUUCCUGGGUGGCCUGGCCUUCCGAGUCUUCCACUGUACCCAGUACAUCAGACAUGGGUCCAAACCCAUGUAUACACCUGAACCUGACAUCUGCCAUGAGCUGUUGGGACACGUGCCCUUGUUUUCAGAUCGCAACUUCGCCCAGUUUUCCCAGGAGAUUGGCCUCGCCUCUUUGGGUGCACCUGAUGAAUACAUUGAGAAACUUGCCACAAUUUACUGGUUUACUGUGGAGUUUGGGCUCUGCAAAGAGGGAGACUCCAUAAAGGCAUAUGGUGCUGGGCUCCUGUCAUCCUUUGGUGAAUUACAGUAUUGCUUGUCUGACAAGCCAAAGCUCCUCCCACUGGACCUGGAGAAGACAGCUGUCCAGGAGUACACGGUCACAGAGUUCCAGCCCCUGUAUUAUGUGGCUGAAAGUUUUAAUGAUGCCAAGGAGAAAGUAAGGAGCUUCGCUGCUACAAUCCCACGGCCCUUCUCUAUUCAUUACGACCCAUAUACCCAGAGGAUUGAGGUCUUGGACAACGCCCAGCAACUUAAGAUUUUGGCUGACACCAUCAAUAGUGAAGUUGGAAUCCUGUGCAGUGCCCUCCAGAAAAUAAAGUGAAGCCAUAGACAGAACCGGGUUUGUCAACUGAGAACCUGUUGAUGGAAAUCCAACUACUUCUUUUAUCUGAAAAAGUCUGAAAACCAAACCUUAAUUUGAAAUGGCAGCUUUAAGUCAUUUUUUUGAACAAGAUGAGGAUUAACAAAUAAGUCUAGAUAACCUUAAAUGACAGUAUAUUAAGACAUACCCAAAAGCAUAAUGAUGGAUCUUUUGGGGUUAUCUUUGACUUAGAGAUAGUUGAUAAUCACAUACUCUCAACUGAGUUAAACUUAAUAAUCUCUCACCCUUUAUCAAGGUUAAUUAGAAUUUGUGACCUGCUUCUUCCAAGCUUCAUAUUUGCCAUGGGAAAUUCCUAAAGGAGUGGAUAUCACUCGGUGAUUGAACUUUUGGAUUUAAUAUAAAUCUUAGCCUACAAAGGUCCUUUUCUAUUUCAGUAAACUGUGAUUCUAAUAUCUGCCUUGUUAUGUUAUGUUACCUAUGAAGAUUUUCUUUAAUUCAGGAUCCUAUUAAAUAGUUAGAAACAUUAAAGUUCAUAGUAUAAUAUUGAAACAUUUCUGUGUUUUAUUGUAACCAUAAAUACUGCUGUGGGAGGUAAUAGAAGUCCCACCUGACUCCCACCACUUGCACAAUCAGUUUCCAGUAAUUGUAAAAUUUGCUCUGAGAGACAUUUUGAAGACACUUAAGAUAAAACAGAUGUUAACUAAAAGCCUGGCUGGUAAGAUAUUCAAUAAAUAUUCAUUGAAUGACUAAGGGAAUAUGUUACUGAAUAGCAAAUGAGAGUUUUUAAUUACAUUUAAAAACUUAAGUGGUUACAAAAUUUUGCACUUCCAAAUAUUUCUUGGAAUAAAGUGUUUCUCUCAUUGCCUUAGAAAUGUAUUAGCUGCAUAAUCUUGCGACAUGAAAGAAUAAUCAAAGUCUCUAAUUUCCAACCCAUUGCGGAGGAGCCUCACUGUGGUCAUCUCAGUCAUGUCCGGAUAGGUCAACAGACUUCAAUUUUUGUUGGUUGUGCAUUUUGCACGAACACUGGAUAUCUGAAAAAGAGUGAGGAGAACAACAGUGUCUGAAAAAACUAUGCUUUGAAAUAAUUCUUGCACUACUUUAACAUUUUAUUUUGGAAAUAGUUAGAUCUUACAGGAUUUUCAUAGCAUUUCUUUAAGUGUGGUCCCCAGACCAGCUGUGUCGUCAUCAGCAGUGACUGUUGGGCACCACCUGAGCCCUACGUUACAUUAGACUUGAGAAAACCAGACUUCUGGUGGGCCGCUCUGCCAUUGGCCAAUUAUGUCACCUUGCACAAAUCACUUCCUGUCAUUGGAUCUCUGUUUUACUCUAACAAUAAGGAAGUUAAAUUGGAUGAAUUAAGGUCCCUCCCUGCCCUGAAAUAGUUCAAAUACUAGCAUGUGUCUUUAAACAGGUGUCACUCAUUCACUAAUAGGGUGUAAUAAUACCUGCCUAAAUAUGCCAGCUAGCUGGAAAGAGCAAUUUGGUUUGCAUGUGUCCAAGGUUUCAUUGCUUUAAAGAUGGGACUCUCGUGUCUGUAUCCUUUUCCUCCUGGCUGUGUAGAACCCAUUGGCAAGCACCAAUUGCAAAAAUAGAAAUGGACUUUUUCACUGGUGUUCCUCAAGAGCCCAUAUACUCUGCAAAGGGACUAUUUUGAUAAAUAUUUUUUAUGUCACAUUAAAUAUAAAUUGGA